AUGGCUCCUACAUUUUGCCCAUAUUGCUACAACUGCCUCACGAUCGCGCGGGCGGCUUCAAGCGACCAGUAUCCUGAAGGCCGCAAUGCCUUUGCUUGUAGGACAUGCCCGUACCAAUUCAUCCUUGACGAGCAGUACUAUGAGCGCACAUACAUGAAGAAGAAAGAGAAGGACGACAUUCUGGGAGAGGAGCAGUCUGAUCUGCCAAUCAACGAAGUUCCUGGAGGAUGUCCAAAUGAGAAAUGCGACUCCAAAAAAGCCUACUUUUACCAGUUGCAGACACGAAGUGCAGAUGAACCGCCAACCUCUUUCUUCAAGUAUCUGCCACAGAACUACAAGACUUCUUUCAAAACAACACAAAACCUCCAAUCCGUCACCAUGGGUAAGGAAAAGACUCAUAUCAACGUCGUCGUCAUCGGACACGUCGACUCUGGCAAGUCCACCACCACCGGUCACUUGAUUUACAAGUGCGGCGGUAUUGACAAGCGUACCAUCGAGAAGUUCGAGAAGGAAGCCGCUGAACUCGGCAAGGGUUCCUUCAAGUAUGCCUGGGUUUUGGACAAGCUCAAGGCCGAACGUGAACGUGGUAUCACCAUCGAUAUCGCUCUCUGGAAGUUCGAGACCCCCAAGUACUAUGUCACCGUCAUCGACGCCCCCGGUCACCGUGACUUCAUCAAGAACAUGAUCACUGGUACUUCCCAGGCUGAUUGUGCCAUUCUCAUCAUCGCCGCCGGUACCGGUGAGUUCGAAGCUGGUAUCUCCAAGGAUGGCCAGACUCGUGAGCACGCUCUGCUCGCCUACACCCUGGGUGUCAAGCAGCUCAUCGUCGCCAUCAACAAGAUGGACACCACCAAGUGGUCCGAGGAUCGUUUCAACGAAAUCAUCAAGGAGACUUCCAACUUCAUCAAGAAGGUCGGCUUCAACCCCAAGUCUGUCCCCUUCGUGCCCAUCUCCGGCUUCAACGGCGACAACAUGAUCGACGUCUCCUCCAACUGCCCCUGGUACAAGGGCUGGGAGAAGGAGUCCAAGGCUGGCAAGGCUACCGGCAAGACCCUUCUCGAGGCGAUCGACGCCAUCGAUCCCCCCUCUCGUCCCACCGACAAGCCUCUCCGUCUGCCUCUCCAGGAUGUGUACAAGAUCUCUGGUAUUGGCACAGUGCCCGUCGGUCGUGUUGAGACUGGUACUAUCAAGGCCGGUAUGGUCGUCACCUUUGCUCCUGCCAACGUUACCACUGAAGUCAAGUCCGUCGAAAUGCACCACGAACAACUCGCUGAGGGUGUUCCCGGUGACAACGUCGGCUUCAACGUCAAGAACGUCUCCGUCAAGGAGGUUCGUCGUGGCAACGUUUGCGGUGACUCCAAGAACGACCCCCCUAAGGGUGCGGACUCCUUCAACGCUCAGGUCAUCGUUCUCAACCACCCUGGCCAAGUCGGCGCUGGUUACGCUCCCGUCUUGGAUUGCCACACCGCCCACAUUGCCUGCAAGUUCGCCGAGCUCCUCGAGAAGAUCGAUCGUCGUACCGGCAAGUCCAUGGAAAACAACCCCAAGUUCAUCAAGUCUGGUGAUGCUGCCAUCGUGAAGAUGGUUCCCAGCAAGCCCAUGUGCGUUGAGGCAUUCACCGACUACCCACCUCUUGGUCGUUUCGCCGUCCGUGACAUGCGUCAGACCGUCGCUGUCGGUGUCAUCAAAUCCGUCCAGAAGACCGAGAAGGGUGGUGGCAAGGUCACCAAGGCUGCUGUCAAGGCUGGCAAGAAAUAG